AUGACCCUAGCGGUGAACGCUGCGUUGGUGGUGCUGGCACUGCAGGUGCUGCGCCUCGGCGUGUGGCCGACGGUGCUGGUUGUCGCACUGAUCGGCGUCUUGCUAUGCCACCCGACGGUGCGCCUGUUUCUUGAGUUUGCCGUGCCGAAUUACCUCGAAGGCGACAAGAGCACGGAGCGGGACGAAGCCAAAAAGGACGCGCUCCACGGCCGCCUCGCGCAGCUUGCCUCGCGGGAGCGCGGGUCGGUCGAGGCCAAGGGGCGCAUGGACCUCUCGUCUCUGCCCACACCGCUGCAGCCCGAGCUUGCAAAGAUCAUGCAGCUGAUUAAGCGCGACUUUGUCCAAUACUGGUACGACCCGAUUACCUUUGGCGACCAGACCUUUCCCGACGAGGCGAUCGCGAGUCUCGAGCAUGUGAUUGCACAAGUCUCGAUGCGUCUCGAGCAGUUCCGCCGCGCGAACGUUGCCACCGAGCUCUCGCUCACUGUCCUCUCGGUGCUCGUCGCUGCCCUGCGCCGCCGGCGGACGGCCCAGGGCGAUAUCGCGGCCGGUGCGGGCCUGGGGCUCUGGGAGAGCUCGGAAGCGCGGAUCGAGAGUCUGCGCACGUCCAUGUCGACGCUGCUGCUGCAGAGUCUGCCGCACGAAGACCGCCGGUCGCCCGCGCUCGUUACGAUGCUGACCGAGAUCUUUACCAAGCAGAUCUGGGAGACGCUGCAAUCCCAGAGUGACCCGGAUGUGCUGAACCAGUACAUUGUGCAGUACGGCAAAAAGUCGCCCGGGACAGCCAUCACGGCCAUGGCCUUCGGUGAGGUGCCGACCAAGGUCGAAGCCGUCGCUGAAAAGAGCGCGGCGGCGGCGAUACGUGCGCCGGACCUCGCAUCAUCGGUGCUUAAAGAAACGCCUCAUGUCGCAUCCUCGGUCACGUCGACUCUCGGCUCGGCCGUCGCCGUGUCGGUCCCUGCCGUGGCCGAGGCCAGCGAGCAGACGGCCGGCGUCCUCAAAGAGGCGUACUCGGCACUGGCCAACGCUGCCGUCGGUGAAGCGCCGGGUCACGGUGCAAAGAUUGAGCUGGGCGCUGCGGGCAGCGCAAACGCCCUGGACGAUGCCAAGACCAGGCCAAGUGCUCCGCGUGAAGCUGUGCCCAAGCCGAGUGCCGCGCGCGAAUUGCCGGCCAAGCCGAGCGCCCCUCGCGAGUCGCCGGCCAAGCCAAGCGUUCCCCGCGACAGUGCGCCUGUAGACCUGCUGAGCGGCCCUGAGCCGUCGACGCACUCGCUGCCUCCUACGCCGAGCAGCGCGCCCCUGAAAGCGCCCGAGUCCUGGCCCGAAGCGCAUGCUCAAGCCAAGGAAGACGCACAGGCCGCCCUCGCAUCCAGUCGCCGCUCCCUUCCGGAGCCUGCCGCGUCCAAGGCGCCGCUUGACGAGGACCCCAUGUCGAAUCCGUGGGCGGAAAAGACGGCCCGCAAAGAGCUGCCGGACGAUUAUCGCACCGAGCGUCCGUCGCUUCCUUCGCGUCCUUCGGAUGCGGCGCAGCUCAAGGGUGGGCCGCACGAAGGCGCACUGAUCGACACCGAUCUGCUGGAUCUGUCGGACGAUCUGCAGCGCCCCGGCCCCCCGGCGCUGCCGAUGGACAUUCCCAAAGAGAUGAAGGAGCCGCCGCUUCCCCCCAGUCUGCAGCAGAGCAAGCGCAACUCGGGCCUUGCGUACGAGCCGCGGCGCAGCCAGUCGCCCCGCCUGCCGCAUGUGCGCGACCUGCUGGCGAGCCGCGACGCGUCUCUCCUCGAUCCGUUCGAAGCGUACCUGCAGCAGAUCGACCCUGCGACGGACCGUCGCCCCGAAGGAAUCGCGCUCUUGCAGCUGCAUGCCAACCUCGAUGCGCUCGUGCAGACUGCGGACCACCACUCGACCACACCCGAGCUCUUUGAGAGCGACGUGCGUGCGAUUUUCAAGGCUGUCCACGAUGCGCUGCCCGAGCACGAGACACCGCCGGCGGCGCCCAGUGCGCAAGUGCGGCCCGCGAUCCGCACCGCUCUCGACGGUGCGCUUACGACGCCUGCCGGUGUUGAGCCCGUGCAGCGCGCAGUCCUUGCACGGCUGCAGCAGCUGUGGGAGGCGUCGCAAGCCCCCAAGUUCAAGUACGAGCCGCGCCAGAAGCCGUCGUCGCGCCCGUCGUCGCGCACUGGCGUGGCGCGUGUGCGCUCACCCGAGCUCGCACGCACUGUGUCGCCGCCUGUGGAUGCCGGGAUCACUACGAUCACAGUCGUGGACGUGAGCGCGAAUGCAGAGCGUGCCGGCCCGGUCGACGCACGCACGCUGCAGGUGCUUGUCUCGAUCGAGGAUUCGUCGAGCAACGCGGGCGGCUAUGUCCUCCUGCGCUCCUGGGCGCAGUUUGAGGCGCUCCAGACGGAGCUCGAGCGGAUGUAUGCGCAGCGCCCGGCGGAUACGGUGCUGAGCGCGCCGCCGCCGCCGCUCCCGUCGCUGCGUGCCAAGUCGAGCCAGGCGGCGUGCGAGGCAAUCCAGUCGUACCUUGUGGCGCUCCUUGCGCCUCUGGACGGUGUCGCGUGGUACAGCACGACGCAGGCCGUGCAGCGGUUCGUCGACAAGACGCGUGCCGACGAGGAACCGGCGCGUAUGAAGAGUGCCAACCUCAUGACGAGUCUCGGCGGCGUCGGCCGCAGCUUUGCUAGCGGCGUUGCUGGCGCGGCUGGCACGGCGCGCAAAGGCAUCGGCCAAGGCAUCGGCCAGAUCGGCGCCGCAGCGCCAGUCGCGGCCAAUGCGCCGGUGCGUAUUGGCGCGGGCCUCUCGCGGGGUCUGUUUGGCAACAGGGAAGGGCGGAGCAGCCUGGAUGGCGACUGGCCGCCGUACGAAGUGCGGCGCGAACGGUCGUCGUUUGACGGGCGAUCUUCCGAGGAACGUGCUGCGGAUCUACCGCGCCCGCCCCUGCCUACGCGUGCCAAGAACAGCCAGCCGCUCGAGCGGAGCACGGAGGGCGUGAGAGAGGAAGCGAGCAACGCCAAGGAUGGGCUGGAGGGGAAGGACGCGAAUGAGGCGAAAGCAGUCCACAAAGCGCCCGCCGCCAGUAACGGCGUCGAGAGCAUGCCGGAGGCCCGCUCGACGACGCCCUCGGCCGCGCCCUCGGCCGCUCCUGUGGACUCGGAUGCGAGUGCCAAGCGCCCCUUGCCGGCUCCUCCCAAGCCCGCCUCGAAGCCUGCUUCGAAGCCGGCGUCGAAGCCUGUCGAGAAGCCUGCCUCGAAGCCGGCGCCGAAGCCCGUCGAGAAGUCUGUCGCUUCCAAGCCUGCCGAGAAAUCCGCACCUGCUGCCAGCAAGCCUGCAUCCGAGGCGCAUGGCGCCCCCCUCCCCGACGGCCAAGAAGAGGCCGAGUCGCUUGCGCCGCAAGACGUCGAUGCGAUCCUCACGGCGGUCUUUGCCGUGGUCCACGAGGCCUUUAACCUGCAAGGCAGCUGGACGUUGCGGCGUGGCCUCUUGCGUGUCCUCGAGCAGGUGGUGCGCACAACGUACAGCACGAGCGUUGUGAGCACGCUCGUGUACUUUGCCUCGAUGCUCUCCCUCCCCGCCCUUGUCUCUUGGUUCGAAGUGCUGCGCACGACGCUGUGGCCGAACGGCGCGUGGAACGCCGAGUCGGCGCCCCCCCGCACCCCUGCCGAGAAGGCCGCAACCGCGAAGGAAGCGCGCGAAGUCGUGCUGAGCUACACCCCCACCCAGGCCGCCUAUGCGAUCGGCAUGGGCGGCAAGCAGACGUGCAUGGACGCGCUCGCGACCGUGCACGACGUCGUGACCGACCCCGUCGUGUCGCUGGACCUCCACCUCGCGCUGGUGCUGCGCGUGUUGGACUUGGCCAUGGGCACAGCAUCGGGCGAUCGGGGUUUGUAG